CAUAGUUGUCCUAAUCCUAAUCCAAAAUCAACGAUACUAUAAAUAAAAAAAGAUGGCUGCUCCUCUUUCUCCUUCUCAUAAACAAAGUGAGAAAAACUCAACGCAUAUAAAUAGCCACCAAUCCCUUCAAUAAUCCCUAACCAAAAAAAAAAUUCAAAAAAAUGUCAAAUUCAUCUACCAUGUCUCCUAACGGUGACGUUAUGUCACCGUUAAUCCAUCCGCUGGUGCAGAGAGCACCAGCGGAUGGAUAUUCGAAACCAAAAAAAGUAACAAUGGAUCAAAUGUUAGAAAAAUAUUGUGGUGAAUUUGGGUGGUGGCAAUUUAGUCAUUUCAUAUUAACAAGUUUAGCUUGGGCAUUAGAAGGUAUACAUACAAUGGUUAUGAUUUUUGCGGACCGUGAACCGGAGUUUCGUUGUUUAACGAACCGGUGUGAUUCAACCGUAAAAACUGUAUGUGGACUUGAACCGGGUUCAUGGGAAUGGACCGGUGGAGUUAAAAGUUCGACCGUUUCAGAAUUUGGAUUAAUUUGUGGACACAAAUAUAAAGUUGGGCUUGUUCAAUCCUUAUUUUUCGCUGGCUGCAUGAUAGGUGCUGGAGUAUUUGGACAUCUAUCAGAUUCCAAAUUGGGAAGAAAAGGCUCUCUCACUAUAGUUUGCAUUUUGAAUGCAGUCUUUGGUUGUUUAACCGCAUUUUCUACGGAUUAUUGGACAUAUACCUUAAUCCGCCUUCUAUCCGGUUUCAGCACGGGCGGGACUGGCCUGUGUGCAUUUGUUCUUGCUACUGAACCCGUUGGCCAGUCCUGGCGUGGCGUAGCUGGAAUGUCCACUUUCUAUUUUUUCUCUGCCGGUAUAGCAAUGCUAUCGGCCAUUGCUUAUUUCUUCCAAUCGUGGCGAUCUCUCUACAUUGCUUCAUCAGUUCCAUCUGUUAUGCUUGUUAUCUUAGUACUUCCUUUCCUCCACGAGUCACCUCGUUGGUGCCUGGUGAGAGGGAAAGUGGAUGAAGCCAUGAAGAUCAUGCGCACAAUCGCUAAAUCCAAUGGCAAGCACCUCCCUGAUGGUGUUGUUCUUGCCCUCGAUAAUGAAGUGAAUGAUGAUGACUCUCCUGAUACUCAAUCCGAGUCCAAGGAAGCGCCAAAUGGAUCCUUACUAGAUGUACUGAGGCUUCCUUUGACGAGAUUCCGGUUGUUCUUAGCAGUGGCUAUUAACUUCUUUUGUUCAGUUGUCUAUUACGGGUUAAGUCUGAAUGCUGUCAACCUCGGAACCAACCUUUACCUCAACGUUACCCUUAACGCGGUCGCUGAGAUGCCUGCCUAUUUGAUAACAGCACUAGUGUUGGACCGACUUGGUAGAAAGCCGUUAGCAAUAUGGACAAUGUGGUUCAGCGGGAUUUUCUGCCUAGCCGGAGCCUUGAUGAAGGGUCAUGGGACGUGGAAGGUGGUUCGGAUGGUAUGCGGAGUUUUAGGGAUAUUUGGCAUGGCUGGGACUUACAAUUUGUUAUUCGUGUACUCGAUGGAGUUGUUCCCAACCGUGGUGAGGAAUGCUGCGUUGGGAUGUGCAACGCAGGCGUCACAAAUGGGGGCGAUUUUGGCGCCCCUAGUGGUUGUUUUAGGGGGUGGGAUACCAUUUGCUGUGUUUGCAGUAUGUGGGAUUGCUGGAGGCUUACUAGUAGUGUACUUGCCAGAGACUUUAAAUAGGCCACUAUAUGAUACGAUGGCUGGAAUGGAAGAAGCUGAAGCGGAGAAACCAAGCAUUCUAUCUUAAUUUGCUGGUUUCUUGAAAAUUCUCUAGUUUAUUGUUAGUAUGUCAAUGUAACUUCGAUGUUGGGAGAACUAUUUAUGAGUUGCCCUUAGAGAAUUAAUUACUUCGGUGUAAUAUUUAUUAAUCAUCUUAUGUUAGGUAGUUGAACGCCCUUUGCGAACAAAAUUAUGUAGUAUGGUCCAAUAAGAAUCAUUUCACCCGGUUAUAUAAUAUCAUGUUACUUUCUGUAUAA